UCUUGUCAGUUUUUUGUCGGAGUAACCAUCAAUGGCUCCUGAAAACUGCAGUUUCUCAAGAACCAAAGAAGAAGAAGAAGAAGAAGAAGAAAACGUGGCUGUGAUCUUCGGAGUCACGGGACUGGUGGGUCGAGAGAUAGCCAAGAGGCUAUCCUCUAAACCCAGAUGGAAAAUCUUCGGCAUUGCCCGGAAUCCGGAGAUUAAGCCGACCAACAACGGCAAAAUCUACACUUUCAUAUCCUGUGAUCUGUUAAACCCGUCCGAAACCAGGCAGAAGCUGUCGCCAUUGCAGGAGAUCGUGACUCACGCCUUCUGGGUCACAUGGUCUGGUGAGUUCCCUCUGGACACCGACGAAUGCUGCGAACAGAACAGUAGAAUGAUGGCCAACGCAUUGGGCGCCAUUCUUCCCAACGCCAGAAGGCUGAAGCAUUUCUCCCUUCAGACAGGGAUGAAACACUACGUCUCCUUGAGAGACCCUCUGUUUCAGACGCUGUGUUAUUACAGUGAAGAAUGUCCGAGAGCGAGAUCUGGCCGUAACUUCUACUACGCCCUGGAGGAUUUGCUUCACGAGAAGCUCUCCGGUAAUAAUACCCUUUGGUCGGUUCAUCGGCCCGGAUUACUCCUCGGUAGCUCAACGAGAACUCUGUAUAAUUUCAUGGGAACUUUGUGUGUGUAUGGAGCUAUAUGCAAGUAUCUGAACCUGCCAUUUGUCUUUGGAGGGACGAGAGAAUGCUGGGAAGAAAGUUACAUAGACGGGUCGGAUUCCCGGUUGGUGGCAGAGCAGCAUAUAUAUGCAGCGACAAGUGGUAAAGUAAGUGAAAAAGGUGAAGCCUUUAACGCGGUAAACGGGUUUAGGUUUUCGUGGAAGGAGCUUUGGCCACAGAUCGGGAAGAAACUUGGAGUGCAAGUCACCGAAACCGAGAUGUUCAACGAGGGUUUUUGGUACGAGAGAGAGAUGGCCGAGAAAAACCGCGUAUGGGAUGAGAUCGUGGAAAAGGAAAGGCUUGCACGGACAGAGGUCGGAGAUUUGGCAAACUGGAGAUUCAUGGAUAUGCUGUUCAGAUGCCCUUUCAAGCUUCUGGGGACAAGAGACAAAGCUGAUAGAUUAGGGUUUAAGAGGAGGUUUAGGACACUGGAUUCGAUUCUGCAUUGGAUCGAUGUGAUGAGAGACGAGAAGCUUAUUCCUCAUACCAGAGAUCGACCCCCUUUUGUUUGAUGGCAAUAGUCUCUUUUUAAAUCUGCUUAAAGGGUGUUUUGUUUUGUAACCAAAUAUUUUGUAUUUCGUAAUUAACCAAUCAAAUUC